AUGGCUACCUAUUUCAAUAGAAAUAUUGCAUUGGCCCUGUUUGGUGUGGACCAUCAAAAAAACAUUGCAAUGGUCGAUUACUUUUUGGAGUUUCAGUAUACUGGUACACAAGAUCAGUUUGAAACACAACAAAACAGAUUCAAAAUGUUGGUCAACCAAGCUAUACUCUAUUCCAACUCAUAUGAAAUUAUCGAAUAUCUUUAUCAAUAUUAUUUGACACACCAAACAUUGACAUUUACAAACCCCAUAGUAUAUUACUUUGGUUUUCAUCUAGACUCUAUGAUACAAAAGUUGGACAUUGAAAUGAUCGAGCUUGCAAUGAAAAUCGUUGGACAUGAUGACCUAGUCAUUCGAUCAAAUGAUUCUUGGGAGACCAUUGGAAAAUAUGGCAACGUCGAAUGGGUCGAAUUAUUUAGAUAUCCGGGUCGACCACAAUUUGGUCUCAAUCAAAUAUUUUCAUUGUCCAAAGGUGCAAUGUUAAACUCAAACUUUGAAAAUAGAAAUUCUAUAUUAAAAUUUUGUUUUAAAAAAUAA